AUGCCCAGUCUAGUUUCCAGUCUGGCUGGUGCUCUGAGUCUUUUCCCAGUACAGGCAAAAGUGACAGUACUUUCUAUGAAAAAACGUUAAAAAUAAUUCAAAAAUAUGGUCUUGGCACGACUAUCGAAAUAGUGUGUGAAAAGGAGAGAGUUUUGACACUCCUUUCAUAUUUUUUUUUUUUGAAAAAUGGAUGGAUUUUUCAUAGAAAAGUUGAUUAAAAAUCGACAAAAAUACACUAAAAAAAUCGCUCAAUUUAUUGAAACUGAAUUUUUUUUUAUGAAAACUUUUAAAAGACAAUAUGUUCAAAUGAACUUUUCACGUGAGGAAAAAAAAUCGAAACAAGUGACGUCAAAAAUAAACUUAAAUUACUUAUCAGAUAACGAUCUCUUCGAAAAAAAGGCGUCAACGUAGAAGCGAAGUCGGUAUCAACUAUUUCCCAUCUCAGAUCCGACGGAGACUCUUCGACUCUCCUGGAGCUCGAGAAGAUGAAGCCCUGGUUCUUCCUGAAAGGUUCCUUGCCAGUUUUCUUGAUCACAUAACCGAAAGAUCCAUUGACUUCAUGAUUCGCUUUUGAUACAUCGAUAUAAUCAUGCUAUACUGUAGAGUUUUUUUCUUUACUGCAGAUUUUUCAAGAUUAGUUUUCUCUGAAUGAACAGACGACUCACUAGAAAGUUUUUUAAUAGUCAGUUUGGGUUUUUGACGUUUUAUUGCAGAUUAUAAUAGUCGAAUUAGUGGUCACUUAAGAGGCUUAUCUUUAUUGUCCUUUCUAGAAGCCUGAAUGGAGCCAGUAGAUCAAUAAAAACUCUUAUAGUCACUAGGAUGAAAAAGAGUGGCCACUUUAGGGUCCUCUCCAAGAAGUCCUUGAAGAUCUCUUAACUGGUCACUAAAGUUUUUUUCAGCAUUAAUUCGCAUCCGAAAAAAUGAUCUUUUUUUUUUAUACUCUGCCUGGUAGCCUUGAAAACCUUUGAAAAUAGUUUCAAACGAUUGAAAAACGCUUAUUAUACUUAUUUUUUAUCCUUAUUUUUUAUUCGAAGUCGAAGUCAUAUUAGGAACACGAAAAAUUUUUUUUUCAGGAGUCACAUUGCUUCUCGCUCUCCUCUACUUCCAAAAUACGAGUACUGUAUCGGCCCGUAUGUUUUUUUCAAGUGAUAUGAUGUAUUGAAUAGUCAUUUCAGAACAAUGCUGCGCGUCCCCUGUUUACGGGUGGCAGGAUGACUCGUUAAAAGAUCCAAACUGUAACAGAUGUACCACAAAAAUGAUCGCCAUUUCGAGUCAGACAUUGACAUCAGCCGGUGUUUUGAUGGAGGCUAGAGUCUUCUUGGAUUCUUUGGAUAACUCGUCGAGCAUAGUCCUCGAAGACAUUCCUGAUGUCGUCAGGCUGGUGAAUCUGAAAACGAUUACGUUCGACGGUCUCGGUAAGUGGAAAUAGUGCGAUUUCAAGCAGCUUCACGACUGAUUUCAGGUCCUCUCAUCCGCAUCAGGAACACGAACGUGUCUGAAGACUCGUUCACGAAGCUGACCGAGAUAAAGGUUAGCGAUCCGUUGCGUCAUUGUGACGCCGGCUCGCUAUUCGAUAUCGAUCAGAUGCACGAAAAACCGCUCAAAAGACUGAAGGAACUGGACCGCAAGGUUGAACAAGCUCCCGAGACUCAGAAAACGUUUCUAUUUCAGUUCCUACUCGAGCCUUGCGAGAAGGCAAAAGCCGCGAAAUCUCGUACGACUCGUCCUCCAUGUCCUUCGUGUCCCUCGUGUCCUGCCGUAGGCGGCGGUAACGGUGGCGGUGGUAGAAGCGGCGGGGCCUCUUCGAACUCUUCGGUCGGCGGCUCUUCACCUGCAGUUCCCCGAAACUCUCUGGUCGGCGCCGGGUCUAAGCAAGACAGCUCGAAGGACGAGAAGAAGGAAGGCUGCAGCUGUUUGGGUGAGUUUCUCGACGAGUGAAAAGCCUGAGCUUCUAGAAAAAAAGGUGGCUUUCUUAUUUUUCUAACAAAACCAUCGCGUCACCUUGCCAGUCUUUCCUUCAAGAAAAUGAGAUUCGACUUGAAUAGCAAUGUUUCUAUGCAGAUAAGCGCAAGUCGUUUCAAGUCGGGUGCUCUUUUAUGUAACCGCAUAGUAUAUGUUAUGCCCAACCAUUUCUCGUACGGCUGAACUCUCUCAUUAGAAGAUUAGGGCUGAUCGAUUAAUUUUUUUCAGUCCCAAUCAUCAUUUCCAUCACUGCGGCUUCACUCUUUUGGAUUCUAGUCGCUGGAACUCUUUUCUUCAUUUUCUUCCGUCAUCAGGUGAAAUUUACAUGUAAACCAAAAAUGAAAACUAACUUUUAGAAGAAGCCGAAGGAUACGGAAAAGUCGAAGGAUGUACGGGUGAGAGUUUUUCAGAGGAAGAGGAUAAUUUUGAUAUAAUGGAGCAAAAAACAUUGUUCGAAUGUUUACUGGAAACUGUAUUUUACAGUACCCUAAACGCAUAUUUGCAGUUUGGAACACGAUUCGAGAGUUUUUAAGAGUUGAAACCGAUUGAAAAAUCGGUAGGAAAAAAGCGCCGCAUAUGAAAAAGUUUUUGCGCUCUAUAGAUAAUAGAGUUGCAAGAACCGCCCUUUGAUCAAAUUUUCUUUAUCUUUUAAGAAACCGAGCGCUGCCGUUCCCAACUUGUGCAUGUACAUCGAAGAGAUCGACAGGGCCAGUGAGAUUUUUUUUUUCUCAUCGGACAAAAUAAAAUGAUUUUUACAGCUCGAAAUAUUGCAAUUCUGGCGCACCAAAACUUCACGAAACGUCUCAGGAACACCAUCUACUUGAGUAAUUUGGGAAUUUAUUUUCAACUUUACAUUUGUUUCGAAAUUUGCAGGCAAAUACCUGGAAGAAGUGGGCUAUGAAAAUGGAAACGCUAGAACGAUCGGUGAGUUUUUUUUCUCGUGAUUGACAGCUUUCACAUUUUUUUUUAAUAUUAUGUAAUCUAACGAACAACUUAAGCCAGGUGUUAACAAUUUUGUUUGAAUAUAUUCAAACUUUUACAAAGUCCAAUCCAACUUGGUAGAUUCCAGGAAAUGAAAAACAAUGUGGCUUUUAAGAUUCUCAUUCUGACUUUUUCCAGGCAAGCUCUUCGGUGAGAAGCUCGAUGAGAUGACGGCCAUCAACGAAACUCGCAAAAAAGACGGAGAGUACAAGUUCCGAGACUAUGCUCUGCAGUUUGUGCCCUUGAAGACGUGGGAACCGAUCGACAUCGGCGAAGCAAGGGAACACGUCAAAGCCGCGAAGGAACUCUAUGAAGCCGACAUCGCACAACAGCGAUCAGAAGUCCCAUCGUUUGGAAAGGAGCUCGAGAUAUUCAAGAUAGUGCCCUCGUACGACGGUGCCGAGCAGCGGCAGGUCGCCGGAGCAGAGAAGCCUCCGCCUGCUAAAAUGCGCGCCAAUCGUCGGAAACACGCCUGCGUCGUGAUUGAGAAGCCCCGGCCGGAAGUUUGCUACAUCGACGAAGACGAGCCGGAAGAGGAGCGCGAGAUCGUCAAGUACUCUUUGGAGCAGGCCGAAAAGGCACUGAAAAGGCUGGAAGGCACUGCGGAGGGCGCUGCCAAGAACGGCGAAGCCACCAUUCACAUCACCAAGUCCAUGGCCAAUAUCUGUGAGAGUUCCGACAUUUUUCCUGGAUUCGACUCUUUUUUCCAGGGGCGAAUCUUGGUGCGACGCGAGCCUUCUUCAGCGACCAGUUGAACCACGCUUUCCAAGAGAGAACAGGUAUUUUCUAGAUGAUGAAGAAUGGAUCAAACAACAGUGAGACGUAGAUGGGGACUGCAGAGCCACGCCCACUUUUCUUCAAAAAAGUUAAAACAGAACGGAAAAAAGGAAAAUCUUCUCCAGACAAUUUUUUAAAGAUUUUCUUGAGUUUUUGGAAGGGAUUUCCUAGGCCAAAAUUACCAAAACCACGGUUUCUCAAAAUCUACCCACGCAUCACGUUGACCCACCAUGAAAAACUUGCUAACAAAAAUCCCUAACUUGGAGAUUUUGAAGAGAUUUUCUUGCAGUCAUCCAAUCGGCUCUGAACUCGCUGUGUCGUUUCGAACUGCUGUAUCGAUUGGAUGAGGAAGGACUCAACACAAAGAUGGCCUACGCCGGAGUUUUCGACAAGGACGGAAAUCGGUUGCACGUCGUCAAAGACAUGCACGGUUAGUAUACUCUUGGCUCGUCACGGCGUUGGCGAUCCAUUUUUGGCGCCAAUUUGAAAACGUUUCGCUCAUGGUCGCAGAAAUUAAUGAAUUACAGCAAUUUUUUUCACUUUCCAACAAGGUGGUUUGGAUUUAUUGAUUUGAAUGUAUCAAGAAGCUCCCCAUCAAAUUUUCCUGCAUGCGAUAAUUUUUGAAGUGGCGCCAGAACGUAUCGAAGCAGCUUUUCCAACAACUGACGUUUCAAGCUCAGAAAAAAUGGAUUAAAAUCAUCUUUUAACGAAGAUUUAACGCAGACAAGGAGAAAACCUUUUUCCGAACAAAAAAAAACAGAAAAUUUCUGUUCUGAACUUGUUUCUCAGUGUUUGACAACGUUCUGAAGCGACUCCGCACCGAAUGCAAGCCCGAGGACAAGCCUUUGUACGACAUCCUCGAAAAGCACGAAUUCCGCCGCAGGGUCCAGUUGUACCACAUGGACAGAAAGAAAAAGAAUGAACCUCCCAAGAAGAGUAAGUUUUUUUCAAACUUCAAACUUUUCUAACAGAAGCGGCUGUGCACCCCGCAGUGUAACCAGGGGCGCACGCCGUUUAGCUUUAAAUGCCUGUUCCGGUACUAAAUCCGUACACGUUUUUGAAAUUUUUAUUAUCUUUUCUUUACGGCGUUGUACCGCUCGAGCAGCGUCAAGUUGAUGAGACAAGGUCCUGUAUUGAUAUCAGUGAUAAACUGCUGGAAUUAUAAGGAGUCGUGGUUUCCCACUUUCAACCUUUCUUGAACCCCUGGUUAGUUCGCAGCGGGGAUCGAACUUGUGACCCUUUGAACCGUAGACAGACACACAACCUGUCGCCCUAGUAUUCAAGAUCUUUGUCUUUGAGUAUAAGAACCGUAAUAUCUUUAAGCAAUCUCUGUAUACAUCAAAAAAAAGAACACUAAUUCUUUUCAGAACUAUUUUACCUCGACCCAGCACCUUUGGACAAAACCGACUUUCUCAAGAUGUACCAGCCUUAUAAGGGUGAGUUGAGAUGAACUCUUAUGCCUUUUUAGAAACUCAAAGCGAUUUACAAUUCUUUAAAAUUGAUAUAAUUGAGCGGGCUUUGAUAUUUUGAAUUAAAAAAAAGAGCGACAGCGAGUCUACAGGUCAUUCCGCUUCAGCUUGUUUUUCGGCCUAGAAUUUCCGUCGUAUUAAAAGCGCAUGCAUAUAAAAAUAUCGCACACAUUGAAGGGAAGGGUUCUGUAGCUCAGAGGAAAACGAGAAUCGUGACAAGCUGGCGCGGAAUGAACUAGUUUCUGAUAAGAUCUCUUGCCCCAAAAUUUUCGGACUUCACGUUAGUUAAAAAAAGGUUAUCAAAGGUUACAAUAAAAAAAACCCUCUCAGUUGGUUGUUUCGAAGCCAUUUCUGUAUAAAUCUAUCAUUUUUUUUGAGUCGAUUAUUUUUUUUUUCCAGACCUGGAAGCGGACUUUGAUCAAGCUGUGCAGCUGACCAAAGAAUACGCAAAAAAAGGAAUAAUCUGGUGAUCCGCGAAGUUCCCAUCGGACUGGAAGUUGACGAUACUUUCAAAGGAUUCCGCAAGUUCGAGAAGAAGGACGAAAUGAAUUUAAUGGACAAAGCUGACGUCAAAAAAGAAACAGGAGGCUCGAAAAGCGGGAAAAAGCCUGAAGAUUCGAAAGAAGCCGGGAAAUCGAAAAAAGGAGAAAAAUCCAAGCAGAAGCCAUCAAAUGAGGAGAACAAAUGAAGGCACCUUCGAACAUAGAAUUCUCUUUUUUCGUACUGGUUUGAAUAAACUGGUUUCUUCACUGUUUCUUGUUUUUUUGCAUUAUAAGUUGAAGAAAAAAAUUCGAGAAAAAUAAAAAGCGAAGGAAACGCAGCAUUCUUUUUGACGACGCGCCGCCAACAAUUUUCGUAAUAUAUGACGUCUUUGGUGCCUACACAGAACGGCGCUAAUUGGCAUACUCUUCUGAAUCGAAAAACAUUUUUGUGCAAAAAUUAUGAAAUCAAAAUGUUUUGAGCAUUACAGAGCAGGUGAAAAAAAAACCUAAGCACUUUUUCGAUUGGUUUCAGGCUUUCUAAUAAUCAAAAAACUCGUUACAACCUCGACAAACAGGAAAUUUAAAUGAAAGAGAAUAAUAUCAUACAAGAUUAAAAAAAUUCGUAAAAUUAGCCUAUCAACAUAUUUAAAGAGUAAAACAAACAGAACUAGUCAAAUAUCAAAAAAAAAAAAUGAAAAUUCAAAGCAAAACGUAUCGACUUUUAAAUUUUCGCGCGCAGCCGAGCAUCUAAGUUGGAAUGGGUUUUCUCACUGGAGCAACAUUAUUUCACUCUUCAAAAUUAUUUUUUCAGUGUUCAGAACGCCGUGGAAACGUUUAAAAAAAGAAUUAAAAUUAUGACUCAAAUUCUCCAAUUUCAUCUUCUCUACUCGAAAAAAAAUUCUUAACUGUGGGAAUAAUGCGUUCAGAAAAUUAGCAGAAUAUGAAGCUACUUAAAAAAAAACUUUUUUUGCUCAAAAUACCGCAAAAAAAAAAUGAUAACCACCUGCUUUUUUUGAAUAAUUCAUUUUGACGUGAAAACAAAUUGGCCCUCAGUCAUUUCAUAUAUCAAUCAUUACGGGGUUUUGUCUCCUUGGAGCAAAAAAAGAUGAGGUUCACAUGUCCACUAAGAGGUUUUUUUUUUUCUAAUCGAAGAUCCGAUUUAUAUUCCUUUUUUUUCUCUUUUUUAAAGAAACUAAAAACGCAAUGGAUUUUCGGUCCUUUUUAGAAGCGCUGCAAGUCUUAAAGAGUUCCGCUGGCGCAAAUUUUGGAAACUUCUCCAACUGCGAAUAAUUUAAUACUCUUGUGAUCCUGGGAAAAGUUCCUAAGUGGUGUAGUGGUUAGCGUAGGGACCGCAGGUCAAUUUCCAAAGUCAGUGAUAUAAAGUUGAAACCUAUAUGAAAAGAAAGCUGAUGGCAAUCGAGAGCUAACUGCGAAAACAGAAAAGAAAAAUAUGAAAAAUAAAAAAAGUUAUAAGCAAAAAAGUGGCGAAAUCGGGGGAACCAUUUUUUUGUGUAGAAACUUUCGUCAGGGUCGCAGGAAAAAGGGGCGUGUUUAUAGAUGCCGCGCGCUCUUUGCUGUGCGUUAAUUCACGCAGGAGACGUUUCGAAAAACAUAUUUAUUUGAGUUUUUUUAGAAGUUUUUAAAUUAAAUAUUAGAGUUUUCAUAUUGAAUACUGCUCUUUUUCAAUAUCAGCCUACUCUUCAAGCACUCACGCUGCUGAAAAAGCGAGUUUUGAAAAAAAGGUUUCAAUGCAUUUCGUGAAAAAAAGAAAAAUAACCGACAAAAAUAGACCUUUGCGAAGGACGAACAGCAUUAAACCGAAUUGAAAAAUGAAACAGUCUACUAAGAAAUUUACUGAAAAAAAUAUUUAAAUAAUCACCAAGUCCUUUUUUUCAGAGAGUUUUUUUUUUAAAAAAAAGGGCGAAAGCGUUUUUACUUUUGACUUUCUACUUCUUUUUAUUUUUUUCUCUAAAGUUUGUGCGUCUACAUGGAGUGUACGUAGACAAUUUUAAGAAUUCUUUACUUGACAUUCUGUAAAAAUUCAAAAAAAGUUGAGUAAAAGCGCAAUUUAAUACUUUUCUCGCUGCUAUAAUGGAUAUAAUGAUAUAGGAAAAAAAGAUUCCAAUUAUGAAAUGAGUAAAAAAAGCAACUAUAAAGCCACAAUAAAAAUGAGAAAAACUUGAAUAGAAUACAUAAAUAGUUUUAAAAAAACCUUCUUCACGCUUUCGAAAAAUUUCGUGGCCUUCGCGGUGUCUGCAGAUUUCCAGCGACGCGCAGUUUUAAAAAAUACUUUCGAGCGUUUAAAUAAACCAUACUUUUCGGGCCAUCCUAGGAAUUUUUUUAUUUUUUGAUAUGUUGUAGAGAAAUGUCUAAUCUUUGAUAUUAUGAAAUAAAAAAACUUGCCCAGAACGCUUUGGGCCGUUUUCAAAGCGUUACAAAAAAACGGAAAUUUUAAGCUUUCAUAUAAACUAUAUAAUCAAUGAAAAAAACUCAGUUUUUCAAUUUUUUUAAGAUUUGCAAACAACUGCAAACAACCGUUUAAAAAAAUAUAAUCAGUAAUUAUCGAUUGCGUUUUUUUCGAAAAAUAAGGAAUUUCGAAAAUCGUGAUUUUUCAAAUUGCGUUAUUUUUUUGAGGCCAACCAUAGAAUUUUUUUAUUUUUUUGCCAGAAUAUGCGUUUUUUUAGUUGCUUUAUGAUAUUCAAGAAUAAAAAGUUGCCCAGAAACUUUCAAGAAAAAAACGGGAUUUUUUUAUCCGUUUUCGGCCACAAAUGCGUUUUAAAAAACUCGUCGUACAUUCUUAUUUCUUAUUUUUUUCAGUAUUUUCUUUUUAUGUAGGAUUGUUAAGCAUAGCCGAUUGUAUGUUUCCCCAAUUUUUUUCUCAAAUCGGUACAAGAAAAAUUAUUUUAAAAAUAUAAAAAAAGAACCAAAAAUGCAACGAAAAAUGACGAAGUUUUUUUGAACAGCGAAGUGGGCGUGGCUCUGCGGUCCCUAGGUUAGCGUCCUUGCAAUGUGGAAGCUGUGGUCAGGGUUCGAAUUCUUUUUCUGGAGAACUUUGUUUUGCAAUUUUUAACGUGGAUCAAUUGCUGAAUUUGGGGAGAUAGUACGUAAGAGAUAGUUGAAACCGUCCUUUUUUUGUCGUUUUUUUAGUAGUUUCUAAACCCCUUCCGGCAAAAAAAUUUGAAUAAGAAAAAGAAAAAAAUUUUUGUAAAAUGGCUUCAACAUCUUUAAAUAAAAAUUCAAAAAAACUUCUCAAAAUUGAUUCGAUUGCACUUGUUUAAAAAAAUUGAAAGACCAAAUGACCAUUAUUUUUUUAUGGUCAAUUGACACGGUACGCAAAAAAAUAUAAAAAAAUCUUUUUCUCAAUCCUGUGUUUACAGAAUUCAUAUAUUUUUUUUCUUGGGUUUCUUCUUCAUGUUCAAUAUAUAAAAACUGUUCAAGCUGGUAUGUUUUAUCAAAAAAAUGAAUAGUUUGCAAUCUUUUUUUUUUCAGAGAAAUGCUGUGAAUUACCUAUUUUCGGGUUGCGUGAUGAAUCUUUUUUAGAUAGAACCUGUGUAUCUUUAUGCACAAGAAAAUUGGUCGCCAUUACGGACCAGAAUACAACCUCUAGUAAAAAUACUGUGUCGGCGGCAAGAUAUGCUUUGACCGUAUUGGAAAAUUCUUCGAGUAUCAGGCUAGAAGACAACUCACAGGAUUUCAACCUUUCCAAGCUAAAGUCGAUCACUUCCGAUGGCUCAGGUAAUCAAAAUUUUUUGAAUGGAAUGCAAUUUUUCUUCUCCAACUAAAGAUUACACCACGCUCGCAUCCUCUUACAUGUGUGUUUGCCGGAGAUUUGAAAAUUAAUAUCUACGCUUUAGAAUUUUUUCGCUGAAAAGUGAUUGAGUUUCUGUUUUUUGAUACAAUAGGGAGAGAAUAUAUAUACUCUCCAAAAAUGAGCUCGGGCAUAUUACAGUAUAGCCCCCCGCAUAUGUUGGAUAUCACCCCCGCGACACGUUCGAACAAGCCCCCCCACACUUAUCCAAUAUAGCCCCCCGGAACUAUCCAGUAUAACCCCCCACACCGAAAAAAAGUCACGCAACGAUCACGCAGGACACGUGUCAGAGCUUCCAUUUUUAAAUUUAUUUUCAAAUUUUUUUUCGUAUCGUUUGUCGUUCUUGGUUGUUUCAAAUGGCUUUUUUUGUAUUUUCGCAUGUAAAUUCGUGUUCUUUUUGUGAAUUUAAUAAUUUUUUUGUGAUUUGUUUUUUUAGACCAUGGAAGAAAUUAGGUCGCUGACCGAGUUUCAUCAGAAGUUCAAGUCAGACAAAGAAGUUUACGGGUACGUCUCGCCGAGAUACGUACGAAUAUCAUAAAAUUAUGGGGCGCUGACCACUUAGAAAAAUUUAAGACGAACUUUAUUAGUUUUCAAUCAAGUAAUUGUUCUGAGGAAUAGAAUUUUUUUGCUUUUUUUCUUUUCAUGCACAUUAAUUAAUAAAUUACUUAGGAAAAAUAGGCUUAGUUUUAAAACUUCACACGGAGGCGGAGCGCGCAUAGCGCGAAGCCGACUGUGGCUCGCUUCGAAAAAAACUGAGCCACAGUGAACAAUUCGUCAAAUAAAUAAAAUGCUUGACAUGGAGGGGGUCAUUCUGAAAUAGAGGGGGGCCAUUCUGAAAUGGGAGGGGGCCAUUCUGAAAUGGAGGGGGCCAUUCUGAAAUGAGAGGGGGUCAUUCUGAAAUGGGAGGGGGGCUUGUUCGAAUGAGCUCUGGGGGGACUAUUUCAAAGCCGUGCGGGGGGCAAAUAUGAAAGAUUGCCUAGGCAUUUCAGAAUCGCCCCCCGUUUUGUACUGUGGGGGGCCAUUCUAGAAUACAUAUUCACCCCCCGCGUUCGAUUCUUCCCCCCACAUGAAGUCCUCCUAUUUUACCCCCCACAGAUCGGAACUUGGCUUGGUGGGGGGCUUGUUGGAACGCGGGGGGCAAAAACAGUGUGGGGGGCGAUUCUGGAAUUUUCCCAUGAGCUCGAUCAGAGACUUCGAAAUUUCUUAACCUUUUUCACAGAUGUAUUAGGCAACUUUUGAGGCCAUAUUUGAAAUCAGCAUGAAAAACUACCUCGAGAAAACGUGGUCUCAUUCAUCCAGGGGCCUUCCCCUUUUUAGCGAAAUCUCAAUUAUUAUAGUCAAUGUUUCCCGAAUUGAAAGGCGAAGGAGGCGGGCAGGGGGCGGGACGAGUAUCGUGUGCGUUCGCGGUUCUUGGCACGAGUUCAUUUCAAUUGCCGCCGACUAUUUAAAAAGCUCGGCAACCGCUCUUUUUCAACGUUUUCUACUAUUUUUUGAUGCACACAUGAACAUAAUCAAUAAAUAAUUGAAAAAGGAAUGGAAAGAGCGAAAAACGGAUUUUCCGAAGAGUCGCUGGCGGUUGAAUUGAACUCGAGCCAAGAACCGCGAACGCACACGCUACGCGUCCCGCCCCCUGCCCCGCCUUUCAAGUCGGGAAAAAAUGACUAUACGACCCACACUAUUUCAGGACCUCUGAUUUUCAUCCGCAAUACAAACGUGACAAAUGAGUCGUUCUCGCAAUUAACCGACAUAAACAUAUCCAAUCCGCUGCAUCGUUGUGAUUUCGGCUCGUUGUUCGACAUAGAUUACAUGCACGCAGAGCCUUUCGAAAGACUGCUGAAGUUGGACGAUAAGGUUGAAGAAGCACUCGAAAGACUCGGAAUCAAUCUUCAUUUCAGUUUCUGAUCGAGCCAUGUAAGGAGGCGAAGGCCGCGAAUUCUCCAACUUGUCCUCCGUGUACGACGGACCCUUCAGUCUCCUCGGACCUAUGCUCUACGUCUUCGGCUCCCGAGAAUCCUCCUUCGACUAAACCUGAGAUCCAAGUUCCAAUUUUGAACUACAAUAAAAAGGAACUCUGCCCAGACUGGGGUAAGAAUUCCAUUUGAAAGAAUUGAGAGUUGAAAAGAAACAACUUAUUACAGUUCCAUUCUGGUCCAUAUUCCUGUUUACGUCGUGUGGUUGGGUGGUAGUGAUCGGUAUCUUGGCGCACUUGCUCUUCCGCUACUUUUAUGUGGUUUGUAUUAUAAUUUUUUGUUUAGAAAAAAAAGGUGAUUUGUGUUAAGAGGCGGAAAGCUGGAAAACGGAGCCCAUGGGAAACGGUGAGUACAAAAUGAAGCUUCCGUAACCUCCCUUAAGAAACCUUCCGAAAAGAAAAAAUUGAAUCUAAAAAAAGGAAAACAAAGGAAAAAUGAGAAGUGAUAGGAUAUAGGGAAUUCAGAGUCGGUUUCAGAAAGACGUCUGUACUUUCUAUGCCCUCUUCUCAGUCAGCGGCGCACUUUUUUCAGCGGACAAGUGUCUCCUGAUUUUUUUCACAUAUGAUAUUUUUGUGAAUGAAAUAAAUAAAGCAUUAUUAACUUUAAAAAAAAUUUUGAUGAUCCUAUAAAUAAGUUACAAAAAACUGUUAGAAAAGCGCGAACUUAGGUUUUUAGGAAAGAAAAUUAGAUUAGAUUGUAUAACCAGGGGUUUAAAAAAUCUGUGGUUUAUUCCAUGAAAAAAAAACAUGGCCUAAUCAUUUUUAUCCCUUUUCCGUUCUCAAGAAGUCUACCAAUGAUUGACCCUUUUGAAAAUAAUGCUUAAAAUUGUUUUUUUGUCAGUCCGAUGGAUUUCCAAUCGUCACGCCAAACUAUUACGAUAAUUGCCUCAAGUUGAUUGAUGAAGCAAGUGAGUACAAAAUCUAUCCAAUUGUUUCUAUCCCAACUUUAUUCAAGACUGUUUAUUGUAACAUUGUGUUUGAACUGAAAGAAGCUCGAUGUGAGAAAAAUGAAACAAAAGUAUCAUUUUUCAGCACGAGAACUUGCCAUUCUGGAGAUUACCACGUUCAUACGACGACUUAAAAGCGACAUAUUUCUAGGUGAAUUUCUCCAAUUUUUUAUAACUUUUUCAUUCAAUUUUUCUGCAGUUGAUAACUUGAGGAGUGUCGGAUUUUACGGCGAGAACGACUUUCAAGUUUGUGAGUCUUUUUUUUAUUCGAAGACUGAGAAUUGCUAUGCUAGUUGUAAGCUAAAUUAUUAAAGCUAUUCAGGGAAUCUCCUGUCUGAGACGUUGGAUAAGACGAAUCACAUUAGAAAGACGUUGAAAAAGAACGGAGAAUUCGAUUUCCGCGACUACGAAAUGGAAGUCGAAAACGUACAAGAUUGGACUUUUCCAGAACAGCGGAAAGCCAACCAAAAUUUGUAUGCGGUGAUGAAAGAGCACAUGGCAGUUAUCGAGGCGGCCAAGAAAAAAGGAGCGCCGGCCGGGAAGGAAAUCCAAAUCCUGAAGCCGGUCGACGUCGAGGAGCGAGAAAGAGCUGGAGCCGAAGACAAGAUUCCGAAGCCGGUCGACAUCAAGGAGCGAGAGAAAGCUGGAACCGAGCUCAAGAUUCUAAAACCGGUCGACAUCAAGGAGCGAGAGAAAGCUAGAACCGAGCUCAAGAUCCUGAAGCCGUUCGACGUCGAGAUGCGAGGAAAAGCUGGGGCCGAAGACAAGAUUCCGAAGCCGGUCGACGUCGAGGACCCGAAAAAAGCUGGAGCCGAAGACAAGGCUACGAAGCCAGUCGACGUCGAGGACCCGAAAAAAGCUGGAGCCGAAGACAAGACUACGAAGCCAGUCGACGUCGAGAAGCGAGAAAAAACCGUUAACAAACUGGACACUCCUGCCGUCGAUGAGCCCGAAGAAAAACGAACCGAAAAACGACGAAAAGAGGAAAAGGACAUUUGCUACCUGGACGACGACGAGGCCUCAAUUGCCAGUCGCAAGACCAUUGAAAACUCCUUGUCCAUUCUUUUCGGGGCUUUGCACGAUUUGCAUACGAUGGUCAGCCACGAGAACCCCUUAAGAACCUUCCCGAGCACCACAUAUCUUCUCAAUAUCUGUCAGUGGAAAUUUUCGAGUUUAAAAAAGUCCUUGAUUUUUUUUCCAGGGAGUAAUAUUGGCGCUGUCAAGGAGUUUUUCGAGCUUCAAGUUGGACAAGGCCAACAAGAAAUAACAAGUACGCAGGAACUAGGAACUAACUUUGAGCGAAAACUUUAUAAAUAUUUGACCGUUGGUCGAUACUCGAUUGCAUAGCACGUUUGUUGUUAGGUUUGAACACCCCUUUUUGAAGCUUCUACAGUCAAAUUUCCCCGACUUGAAAGGCGAGAUGGGUAGAUUGGCAAGGGUGAUGCGUCGCGUGUGCGACGCGGCUUUUAGCGAGACAGUCGAGGUCAUGAAUAAGUGUAACAAAUUUGGAUUUUAAUUGCUAUCAUACUUUUUCCGAUCAACCAAAUUAUUUCGGAACCUUAGAAAGUGGAAAUUUAUUGAAAAAUACCAAAGAGGAUCAGAAAACAUCAAAAAAUGCUGGGUCGCGUUUGAAUUCGAGCGUCACCCUUGCCAAACUACCCUGGCCUUUUAAUUUGGGAAGGAUCGACUAAAGGUAGAUUUAAGCAAGACUUUGCUCAAAAAUGCUUUUUAGAAAAAUAAUUUUUAUCUAAUUUUUUGGAAACCGUGAAGUUUACUUAUUGAGAUAAGAUUUCGAAAAUUGCACAAUGGGCUCUAUAAUGAGCUGGAAAAAUAGAAGAGAAUAAUCGAUUUCGUCUCAAGUUCGAUGUUUUUUCUCAGGUUAUCAUUCGGCUCUGAAGUCAAUGUGUCGCUACGAAUCGCUGCACCUAUUGGAGGAGAAAGGAGUUAACACGAAAGUCGCCUAUGCCGGACUCUACACGAAGGAUGGCAAGAGGGCUCAUCUCGUCAAGGACAUGCACGGUUCGUUUGGAAACAGUAAAGCAGGUUCUGGGUUUCUAAGCAGACCAGGAGAACCGGACAGAUGAAGCAAAAUAACCUAUAUUUUUGAGAUUUUUUUUCCUUUCAAAACUCUAGAGACGUAACAAUGUAACUAUGUCUAAUUUUUAUGGUCUUCCCAGUACUUCAAACUCUGUUUUGACGGUUUAUGAGUAGUAAAGGACGAGAUUUGAGAUAGAAUCAGUACCCUAUCAAAGGACUACUCGAAAAAUCACAGCUAUUAAUCCUUUGAAAAAAAAAAAAAAGUGAUAUUAUUCUCCCAUUGUUGAACUUCGAAAUUUUUGAAGUUCGCCUUUUACAGUUUUCUACCACCUCCUGCAACGGCUGAGGUCCGAAAACAAACCGGAAGAUAAGGAAUUGCUGAAACUUCUUGAAAAACACGACUUGCGCCGCAGAUUGGAGCUCCGCGAGGCUAACCUCGACUAUAACGCUUGCAUCGGAAGUGAGUUUUUCGAACCAUCUUCAAUUCAAGACAUUCUGAAGCAAGUUAAACUAAGAAGAUCUGAUUUUCCAGCGCAACCGAUGAGAAACUACUUUCGCGCGGAGCCUUUAUAGGCUGAGUAAUUAAUCUAUUAGGAUAGUGGCGACGAUUCCAGUCAUGAGAUGCGAUUUCUAAGGGCAAAGAGCCGUUUUUUCUAGUUUCAAUUCCAAAUCGUUUAAGCUAAACUUUUAAAACUUUGCGCUUCGUAGUUAAAGUUAGAAAGCCUGGUUACAUAGCCUGAUUUUUAAGAUACAUAUGUUAAAGAAACGUAAGACCAAAAAAAAAAACAGACAAGGAAUCGGGAAAAACGAUUAUUUUUCAGAACUCUCUUUCCUCGAUCCCGUGCCUCUGAAUAGAAAUCGCUUCAUGGAAACAAUCGAAACGUAUAAAAGUGAGUUUCUUCGACUUUCCACACCUUCUAUUCAUAUUCUCUGACUAUAAAUCAAACAAUAAUCAUUUCCUUUUAAAGACAAAACAUAAUAGAUUUGGAAGUUGCAGUACUUGAAUUCGAUCGAAAUACAAUAUCCUCAUUUUUCAGACAUCCAAAACGACUACAAUAAAGCCAUGACUUUGGCUCAAGAAUACGCCAAAAAGAACAAUCUGGUGAUUCGAGAGGUGCCGGUCGAACUGAAAGAGAUCCCCAAAAUUCGCCUUGCCAAUGCCAAACGAUCUAGUGAAGCCCUUCCCAAGAAAGAAGCUGAAGCUCUCAAAAAAGAGGCUGAAGCUCCCAAAAAAGAUACGAAGCCUCAACGGUCGAAGCCAUCCGGAGGGCCGAAGAAAGUAGAGAAAUCGCAGCAGCCGUCCAGCGGCAACAAAAAGUAGAAGCCAACCCAAUUUACGCCUUUAUUUUUAUUGAUUGAAAUGAAAUUUUUUUUUGAUUUUUCUCGUGUUCUUGCGAAAUAAGAAAGGAAAAAUUCGGUUUUUGAUAAGAAAAUGUGAUUUUUUGAAUGUUAGCCGACAAAAAUGUUUUGAAAAUCUCCGAGGGUGUCCAGUCAUAAUUCAUUUACCUCCGAAUUGAAAAUAUUGAAGGAGGACCUUUCAACGAUUGAAUCUGAAAACUUAGAAACAUAAUUUAUUAUCGAGCUAAUUGCAAAUGAAGGCUUCAGAAAAAGGCCAAAAAUCGCUUGACUUGAAUCACAGGCAAAGCUCUAAAGAGGUCUCAAAAAGGACUGAAAAAAGACCUCCAAUAGGCCUCAAAGGCGCUUUUUUCAGACCUUUCUCUAAAAAGGACCUUUCAAGGAGGUGUAAAAAAAAGGAAGUGGAAAAAAGGUGGGAAGAAGAGAUUCCGAGGUACUUUUGACACCUUUUUAGAACUCAACAAGGAGCUUUAGGCUCUUCCUUUCAAAUUCUUUUUGAGGUCAUUUGGACUCUGCCUGUGUCGAGAAGAUCAAAUCAUCAAAUUCAAAAAUGGAUCAAAUUUUAGCCUUUUUUUGAGACUUCAACUUGAGGGCUUCAAAAAAAAUGGGCAUACGAAAUUAAGUCAAAAAGUACGUCGUAAUCGGUUGAAAAAAUCUCAAUAGGAUAAAAAAAAGGCUUGAACGUGAACUUUUCUACUCGAAUGACCAUUUUUGGCAGCGCUUUCCGCGUAGGAAAGUCGCUUAAAGUGUUCUGCAAUCGGAAUGAAAUCUCGAACAAAAUUCUCUCAUACAGGUUUGGCUCUGAUUAAUAAUUUUUUUUAUAAUAAUUCAAAAAAAAGCUGCUUUUCCUACUAAAUUCGUCGAAAUUUGAAUAUUUCUGAACUGUCUGCUCUCUCUUGAUCUUUCACCGGGCCUCCUUUUUCCCAGAUCUUCGUCACUUCUCUCUUGGUCCGUUUGUGAGAGAAAAGAGAGCGCAGACAGGUUCAAGACGUGGUGAAUGAGUUCUUUUACCGGUAGCUUGAAGCAAAAAUCGCAUCGCCGUCUGAACCUCUUCUUUUCGCAAGAUAUUUCGCUGAUCGUGUCAAAAUUCUUUUGUCUCAAGACGGUUGCGAGAGAAAUCUAUCAAAACCUCAUACUUUUGACAGAAACUCAUAAAAAUCGCCUUAAUUUCAGGAAUAAUGACAAUUUUUCUCUUGAUUAUGGUACAAGUCCAAUAUCUGAACACAGCUGCAGCCCGUUCGUUACUCAAUUUCUAUUUUUUCUCAGAAAAUUUCUUGAAGAGUGCUGUGAUCAACCUCUUUUCGGCUGGGAGGACGAGUCUUUGGGAGGUUGCCAAUUACCUUGUUAUACCAAAAUGAUCGCCUUGGCGAAACAAGAAAUGAAAUCUUCUUCUGAGGCCAGAAUCUUUUUGAGCUACGUGAAACACUCUGCGAAUAUCAUUCUGGAGGACAUUCCGGACAUUGUUCACCUGGACAGCUUGACGGCUAUCAGCUUCAAUGGAACAGGUUAGGAGAAGUUUCUGACCUAAAAUAUUAGUGAGACCUUUUUUUUUCAAAUUCGCACACUUUUAAAACUUUUUAGUAUAUCUAAGAGGGUGAUAUCACUCUGAACUCCUCAAGAUUGGCGAUAAUAUCACUUGAUCUACCGACUGAGAACCCCAAAAAUCUCCAUCUUUUUCUUAACUUUUGAGCUAUUCAAACCGUGUAAAGCACAUUCUGAACAUUAAAAAAAUCUAUUUUAGGUCCGCUGAUCCGAAUUCGCAAUACAAAUGUGUCAGAAGAUUCUUUUUUGAAUCUGACCUCGAUUGUCGUGGAAAAUAUUUUGGACUACUGUAGUGCGGGGACCUUUUUCGACAUUGAUUACAUGCAUCCGACGCCGCUCAAAUAUCUUCAAAACCUUGACGAAACGGUUUAUAAGUAUUUUAUAUCGAUAUUAUAAAAAAACAACAAGGUUAAACAAUUGAAAAUUGAGAUAAAAAUUAAAAAAAUGGCUCAAUGCGCUAUGGCUCAACAUAUUAUCGAAAAAUUUUGGGCUAAAGUCGUUUCAAGGUCGGGCGCACUUUUAUGUGAACCCAUCUAAAGUCACUCAAAGCGCAGCAAAACUUUUUUUAUUUUCAAACUUUUGAAAAUAUUUCUCAAAAAAUGGCCGCGUUUAAUUACAGUUUCUGCUCGAACCGUGCUCCAAGGCAAAAUUUCCCUUCAAAAAAUUGAACGCCGACGACGAGGACGAAAUGGGCAAAUGCAAUCUCAUAGGUUUUACUUUUCAAAAUUUAAGUAUACCAAAAAAAAAAACUAGAAAGGGUAAUAAAAAAUAUGAAACAGUUUGAAGAAAAUAUUAUAUAACUGGCCUGAAAAAUCUUUUCCUCCGUUAAAAUUAACUUAGAAAAUAAUCGAAAGUUUCAAAUCAAAAUGUUUAUUUUUCAGUCGCAGUUGUGUCCACCUCAAUCGCAACCUCCUUAUUUUGGUUAUUAAUUAUUUUACUUCUUUAUAUACUUUUUUUGUCUCCGGCAUGCGAAAGGUUCGUUAAAUCGAACUCUCAACUUUUUAAUAUAAAUUUUCAGAAAAAAACAAAAAAAUUGGUCGAAGUCGAAAAAAAUUGUGAAAGACUUGGUCACGGGAAGUUAGUUGCUUCUACAAAUUUGAUCUUUUAAUUUCGAUUUUUCAGCAGAUUUUCUGGCGAUUCGAGUUCAUCACCUGUUGGUCCAAAAAUCUUCAAAACCACUGCUUCUUGGGUAAAAUUUGAGUUGAAUGAUGAAAAUUGAUUUUUGAAAGAUUUUUUUCAGCUGCUAA